CUUUCCUUCUCGCCAUAUUUGUGUCACUCUCAUGUCAGUCACCAAUCACCACGGCCAGGUCAAAAUAAACAGCCGACACAACUUUUCCGGCCAUUUAAUCAGUUUUAUCUAGUGGCCAGGCGCCUACAGGGACUACAAGUGCCUUAAGUCGCCCUUCCUUCCAUAUACUUUCCUUAAUCAGUCCUGGUGCCGGUACUGAAGUGACUAGUCUAGACAGGACUAUUGGUAGUAACUGUUUGACAUCAUGACAUCUGUUAAUCCCCAACAUUGUCUUUCUGUUGCCUUGAAGCUAGUUAAGGAAGCUGGCGAGGUUAGUGUGAUAACUUAACUCAUGCUGGUGCGUGAUGCCAUCAAGAAGAAGAAGAACGUUGAGACCAAGAGCUCAGUGGUAGAUCUUGUGACAGAGUCAGACAAAGCAGUGGAGAAGCUGCUGAUAACUGGCUUGUCUGGUGUCUUCCCUGACCACAAAUUCAUUGGGGAGGAGUCUGUAGCAGCGGGAGAAAAAUGUGUGCUGACAGAUGAGCCAACAUGGAUUAUUGACCCCAUAGAUGGGACAAUGAACUUUGUCCAUAGUUUCCCAUACACUUGUAUCUCUGUGGCAUUAUGGGUAAAUAAAGAUGCCGAAGUUGGCAUUGUGUACAACCCAGUGUUGGAACAGAUGUUUACAGCUGUUAAAGGCCAGGGAGCCUUUUUGAAUGAUGAGAAGAUCUCCGCCUCUGGACAGACAGACCUGGGUCAGGCCCUAGUAUUCUCAGAAAUGGGUACAAGUCGUGACCCUGAGAAAGUUGAUACAGUCCUUACCAAUUUGACAACUUUAAUAACCAAAGUUCAUGGAAUACGUGCCAUGGGGUCAUGCACGUUGAAUAUGUGUCACGUGGCCCUUGGCGGAGUUGAUAUCUGCUUUGAGUUCGGAAUUCAUGCUUGGGACAUGGCAGCUGGUUACCUGAUCAUAAAGGAGGCAGGGGGAGUAGUCAUUGAUACUGAGGGUGGCCCAUUUGACCUGAUGCGGCGGCGAGUGUUGUGCGCCUCAACACAGGAGUUGGCUGAGAAGAUAGCAAAGCUGUUGAAGCAGUACCAGCCAGAGAGAGAUGGUGUUAGUGAGUAAUGUGUACAGACGAAAUAGUACACUGUACAGUAUAUACGUGUUACUAACACUCGCCUGUAGAAGCCGAUAACCAUACCAUUUUCUUUUAUGUACUGUACAAGUUAACUCAUAAACAUAGUUAAAUUAAAAGUGUGUGCUUAGCUUACACAUACUUUUAAAUUAACUCUUAAGCUUAAACACACUUUUACAUUUUUCUUAUGUUUAAUGAGUAAAAAUAAAUCUCAGUAUUGUAAGGUUAGAACUUUGACAGCAUUCCUUAUACAGGUGUUAUACCAGAGUGAUUACAGGUAUAUACCAACUAUAGUUGUUCCUAUAUUCUGAUGUACCGGUAUAUAAUUAAUGGUGCCAUGUGUUGUUUAGUGACACAUCUUAUAAUAUACUGUAAUGUACAGUACAUCAAGAUAAGAUAAGGUGUUCAUCGUCUCUUAACUUUACCACAAAUUGGGUUUUUUUUUUAAUUGUGAAGUUAUUUUUAUUGUAUAAUUGAUCAUAAUAUAUAUAACUGAUACAAAAUUUUAUUCUUUAUUUGGAUAUUGGAAUGUUGUUAUAGGAAUUAUUUGUAUCCAAAUAUUGUAUAUAAGGUGAAAAUGUAUUUAUGUAAGAGAAUAAGCUGAUGUGUAAAUGUUUAUAAGAGGGACACCAUCUGAGUACAGUAUUGUUGAUAUAACACAAAUACUGUACAGAAGCCAGGGUACAUGGAUUCCCUCACUUUGGUCACUCUACAAGUACAGUCCAAUAUUCUCAUGGAAGAUUAAUACACUUGUCCAAGGGAGAAA